AAUAUUGCAAUGACUCGUCCAUUCCUUAUCAAAUGAUAGCAAAAAUUUCAGGUCCGCAUUCAGGGAUUCAUUCCCUCCCAGCUACGUUCAGUUAUCUGGGCCUACUGAUUUCAAUGACUACCGAACAGCUGAUUCUAACGGUAGACAUCGCCCAACCAAUUGACGCGAUGUCACUUGUAGAAUGUAGAACAGAUUUCCCCAAAUUGCUACCGUUAUCGGAAAUGACUUACAGCCAGUAAAUUACUCAUCGACAGAUUUAUUACCAGACGCCACAGGGGUUCUGACGUAGCCACAAAGUCUGGACUAUUUGAUAUAAAAGGAGUCGAAAUUGGGUACUUGGGAUGUAGUACCAAUACGAAAUGAACCGAUUACAGUUGAUAUCGCUGCUGUUUGCAGCAAGUGUUUGCUGUAUAGCUUCUGAACAAGCAAGAUUCGACAAUUACCGCGUGCAUCAGGUGCGCAUCGGGACCGAAGAACAGCUGCAAGUCCUGCAGUAUCUGGAAGAGCACCCCGAUGGAUAUAUUUUUUGGGAUAGUCCUGUUCAAACCAACAUGGAGUUGGAACUAGUUGUGCCACCUCACAAGUACUCUGAUUUUGAGGAACUUACAACGAAGCUGAACAUCAAGACUCGACUUCGCAUUGAGAACUUCCAAGAAGUGAUCGAUAACGAACGUCCGAACAAAGGCCGCCGAUCUACCUUCGGUUGGGACGACUACUAUUCCACGGCUGAAAUCUACGCUUGGUUGGACGACAUGGUUGGCCGACAUUCCAGCAUUUUAACGAGUACAACAUAUGGAAAAUCUUUCGAGAAUCGUGAUCUGAAGGCAGUUAAACUCUCGCACAAGGCGAACAAUCCGGGAAUCUUCAUUGAAGCUAACAUUCACGCACGUGAGUGGAUCUCAUCGGCGACCGCCACGUGGUUGCUGAACGAACUGCUAACAUCGAGCGAUCCAGCUGUGGUGGACCUGGCCCAGAACUACGAUUGGUACUUUAUCAUGGUAGCUAAUCCGGACGGACUCGAGUUUAGUCGGAAUAGUAAUCGAAUGUGGAGAAAGACCCGCCAACCAUCAUCAGUGCUCUGCACCGGAACCGAUCCCAACCGCAACUUUGACUACUUCUGGCGAACCGGUGGAGCAUCAACGAUCGCCUGCUCCGACACAUUUUCGGGACCUACUCCGUUCUCUGAACCGGAGACUCGAGCCAUGGCGGAUUACUACGCGACGAUCGCCGACAAAAUCAACGUUCAGUUUUCAUUCCACUCGUUUGGACAGUACCUGCUGACACCGUUCGGGUUUACCAACGCUCCGCUUCCCGCCAAUCAAGCGGAUCUGCAGCAAAUCGCCGCCAAAACCGUUGAUGCCAUUCGUGCAACCCAUGGAACGCAAUACACCUUUGGGAACUCGGCGCAGCUGUUGUACGUAACUUCCGGAAGUACUAACGACUACUUUAUGGGUGUUCACGGAACCAAACUGGCGUACACUUUCGAGUUCCGCGACAAUGGAGCACAUGGCUUUGCCCUCCCAGCUGACCAAAUCGUACCAAACUCCCAGGAGACGCUGAACGGACUGAUUGCAUUCCUGGCCGAGGCGAAGAGUCUUGGAUAUGUCUGAAUUAUAUUUACGAUCAAUGCAAUUGUUGUGAUAACUGAUACAAUACUACUUAAUACAUAUUCAAAAUAUUUGA